UGAGGGGUAAUACCAUGGUCUGAACAGCCACUGAGUGGUUUUACACAUGCUGGAGAUUUUCUCGUACACCGAGGGGUUGUUACCAUGUUCUGAACACGCACGCUGGAGCUCUUCUCCUACGCUUGGAGGGUUUUACCGUGUUCUGGCUGCACACAAGGGGCACGUUACCAUGCUCUGAACACACACUGGAGCUCUUCUCUUACACUGAAGGGUGUUGCCAUGGUAAAACCACACCCUUAAGACUGUUACCAUGUUGUGGCCACACUCCAGGGCUCUUACAUGCUCUGAACACACACCGGAGCCGUCUUCUAACACCAAGGGGUGUUACCAUGUUUUGGCUCCGCACUAGGGGGUGUUACCAUUGAGGAUCCCUCUCAUUUCGCAAGUGAGGCGACCAACCAGCGCGCAGCAGCCCGCAGGGAGGAGGGUUCGGAUCCCGCAGUGCCACCGCUCCACGCGUGUUUGCGUGACUCCGCCGCGUCCUGACAGCGGAGAGGAGGAGAGCAGAAGGAGAAAGAGGAGGAGAAGGAGGAGACCACAGAAGAUGAUGAUCAGUGGAUGAUCGCAGGAGCUCAGAGGAGCUCAGAGGAGCUCAGCGCUGUCAGCGUCACUCCGUCCGCCUUCGCGUGGUUGCGUGCGCUCCACCACUUCGCCGCUUCGGCCCCGCGGGGGAUUCGAACCCUCCGCUCCUCGGGAUCUGUACCGGACGUGCACCUCCGACUCCGUGGAUUUUAUCUGGCCCUCGCUGGAAUGGCACAGCGGGUCCCCGGGAGAAGAGGAGCGGGAGCGCGGACGGCGGGAGGAGCGCGCAGCUGAAGGACGCGGGAUGCGCGCACCCCGGAGAGAGUGGAGAGUCGCGUGAAGAGCAGCGCUGAGGAGCCCGAAGAGCCCGGUGGAGACGAGGUCGGAGACCCGGAGACCCGGAGACCCAGAGACCGCACCGGCAGCGCUGGGCACCAGCUGACAGAGCAGCCGAGCAGAGCCGCUUCUUUCUCCGCGCCGAGGCGCUUCCUCCCCGUCCGUCCGCGUCGUGUGCCUCGAGCUCCGCAGGCGCGGACCUGCGGGAGAGCACUUUCCUGGCUUUUUUUCGCCUUUCUUUUCCUGCAGAUCCAUCCAGGAUGUUCUGUGGAUUAUUGAUCCUGCUUCUCUUCCCCGCCGCUCUCGGAGACAGGUGUGGGGCCGACAUUAAGAUCACAAGCGCCAACUACCUGACGUCGCCCGGCUACCCGGUGUCCUACUUGCCCUCGCAGAAGUGCACGUGGCUGCUGCAGGCCCCCGAGCCCUACCACAAGAUCCUCAUCAACUUCAACCCCCACUUCGACCUGGAGGACCGAGGCUGCAAGUACGAUUACGUGGAGGUGUGGGAUGGCAUGAACGAGAACGGCCAGCUGGUGGGCAAGUACUGUGGGAAGAUCGCACCGUCGCCCAUCAUCUCCUCGGGCAGCCAGCUCUUCAUCAAGUUUGCGUCCGACUACGAGACGCACGGCGCCGGCUUCUCCAUCCGCUACGAGGUGUUCAAAACAGGUCCAGAAUGUUCCAGGAACUUCACCUCGUCCAGCGGAGUCAUCACUUCCCCGGGCUUCCCUGAGAAGUACCCGCACAACCUGGAGUGCACCUUCAUGGUCUUCGCCCCCGAGAUGUCCGAGAUCAUCCUGGAGUUUGACAAGUUUGAGAUCGAGCCGGACACGACACCACCCUCGGGGGCGCAGUGCCGCUAUGACCGCCUGGAGGUCUGGGACGGCUUCCCGGGAGUGGGGCCAUUCAUCGGGCGCUACUGCGGACAGGAGUCGCCAGGCCAAAUCGUGGCCUACACCGGCAUCCUGUCCGUGACGCUCACCACGGACAACGCUAUCGCCAAAGAGGGCUUCUCCGCGAACUUCACCAUCGCAAAAAGGGCGGCUCCUGACGUGGACCAAGGCUGCUCGGUGCCCCUGGGGAUGGAGUCGGGGGAGAUUAGCACCGACCAGAUCCGGGCUUCCUCCCAGUAUAACACCAACUGGUCACCCGGACGCUCCCGACUCAACUACAAAGAGAACGGCUGGACACCGGCACAGGACUCCAGCAAAGAGUGGAUACAGGUGGACCUUGGGUUCCUUCGCAUGGUCUCAGCAAUCGGGCUGCAGGGUGCGAUCUCCAAGGAAACCAAGAAGGGUUACUAUGUCACGUCCUACAAACUGGACCUGAGCUCUAAUGGCGAGGACUGGAUUCCGCUGAAAGAGGGCCCAAAGCAGAAGGUGUUUGUGGGAAACUCCAACCCGACGGAUGUGGUGAAGGCGACGCUGCCCAAACCCACAAUGACCCGCUUCAUUCGCAUCCGUCCCGUCACCUGGGAGCAGGGCAUCUCCGUUCGCUUUGAGGUGUACGGCUGCAGGGUCUCAGACUACCCGUGCUUCAGCAUGCUGGGAAUGGUGUCAGGUGCCAUCUCCGACGCCCAGAUCUCGGUGUCGCACGGGGACCGCGGCUGGGUGCCGGAGAACGCCCGGCUGCUCACGAGCCGCUCCGGCUGGACCCUGCAGCAGCACCAGAACUUCCGCAACGAGUGGCUGCAGGUGGACCUGGGCCAGGAGAAGCAGGUGACGGGCCUCAUCAUCCAGGGCGGGAAGCUACGCGAGCACAAGGCCUUCAUGCGCAAGUUUCGCGUCGCCUACAGCGGCAACGGUUCUGACUGGACCGCGGUGCAGGACGAACACGGCGGCAAACCCAAGGUUUUCGAGGGGAACCUGAACUACGACACGCCAGAGCUGAGAGUCGUGGAGCCACUGGUGACUCGGUUCCUGAGGAUUUACCCCGAGAGGGCGAGCCCCUCUGGAAUGGCCCUGCGCCUGGAGCUCCUCGGAUGUGACCUAGAGCCUACAGCCGAACCCACCGCCGCCGUUGCCAUGCCCGCUGCCGUACCCUCGGCCACACCCACACCCACACCUACUUCCACCUUCCUGGAGGACUGCGAGCUCGAUCCGGCCAGCUGCCCCGCCGAGACAGCGGAUGACUAUGACGAAGGAGGUGCCACCUCUCCAACUGAAGCCACUUUGGAGAUGGACACUGUGCCAGACUUUUUGUUUUUUGCGUGCAACUUUGGCUGGGCUGACAUGCCAUCAUUCUGCGCAUGGACCCCAGAGAGGGAUGGUAACACACAGUGGCUCAUCCGAUCCAGUGGAACCCAGACUAUGGACUCAGGACCCAUCCUGGACCACACAGGUGAGUCUGGGAACUUUGCGUACCUGUUGCCAUCUGAGGGUGCCCAGGGAAGCGCAAAAGGCCGGCUGGUGAGCCCACCAUUGGCCGGGCAUGAUGAGGAGCUCUGCGUGUCCUUCUGGUAUCACAUGGUGGGGCCGCACAUCGGAGCCCUGCAAGUCGCUCAGAGGAGGAGAACAGCAGAGGGCGAGGAGGAAGAUGUUCCCCUGUGGAUUGUCAGAGGACACCAGGGUGGACACUGGAAGGAGGGUCGAGUGCAGGUUCCAGCUUCCAGCAAACCCUACCAGAUGGUAAUCGAGGGGGAGGUUGAGAGCCAGAGCCCAGGACACAUCGCUGUGGAUGAUGUGAAGAUUCUGGGUGACGUGGACGAAUGCAAAGAGAGCAUCCCAAUGGAGAAGCUUCAGCCUGAUAUCGACAAAAUUUCUGCAAUGGAUCUCACCGACUACUCCGACACUGACCUGGAUGAGCCAGGUACCAUGCUGAGGACCCUGGACCCAAUUCUCAUCACGAUAAUCGUCAUGAGUGCCCUGGGGGUCUUCCUGGGGGCCAUCUGCGGGGUUGUUCUCUAUUGCGCCUGCUCACAUGGCGGUAUGUCGGACAGGAACUUAUCGGCGCUGGAGAAUUACAACUUUGAGCUGGUGGACGGGGUCAAGCUAAAGAAGGACAAGCUUAACACACAAAACUCUUAUUCAGAGGCGUGAGCGAGGAACAUCCAGUCGCCAAUUGACAGAGAAGCCGUACGUGGAAUCGGCGGAAGGCUGGGACUGAGCCAUGAUUUCUCAGGAGCUUCAGUGAUAUCAACCCACCAUUAGGGGACACUGUGUAUAAAACUGAUUGAAAAAUAUGUACAGAUGUUCAUUUUAAUUUUUUUUCCUUUUUUGUUUUGUUACAUUUUCACUUUCACUUUAACAAUCAGAUGCUGGUGUUGAGACCAAUUAAGAAGAGGUUUUAAAGUAUUUAUCUUUUUUUGGAAGGAAUUCAUUUUAUGUGAAGAUUUUAAACUUAUAAUUAUUGGUGGAAAAGCUCAAUUGAACCAUACUGAUAGACAUGUAGGAUGGCUUCCCUUCCUGAUCCGAAGCGUGUGCGUGUGUUUGUACAUGCACGGCGUGUGUUACCGCUGCCUCGUAUGGUUCCCACAGUGCCUUUUAUCACACUUUUGUUGGCUUUGGUAGAUUUUUUUUUUUUUUUAAGUAUUGCCUCACAGUUACCAGCUUCUUGAGUUCAUCUUCAUGGCUUUUUAAUUGCACCCCAGUUUGUACAUAAAUUUUGAAAUAUUUAAAAAGCCUAUUUUGGGGAAAAAAAAAAAAACAACUGCAGUUUUUCUUGGGUUUUGAGUUACCGGUGCUGUUGUGGGAGACUGUAACGUGGCAGAUGGACCCAUGUACUGCUCUUCAAUGUCCUCCGGCUCUCUACAGGGUGAACUUGCGAAUCCCAGAGCGAGUCGCAGUUUUUAACCACGCGGGCUCUUCAAGGUUUGGAGGCCGUGUCAAAAACGCCCUUUCCCAAAGAGGGCGACAAUGCAGACACAACACGAGUGGAUAGCCCAUAAUCCACUUUCUGAAGACGUCACGCGGAAAACAAAAAAGAAGCAUCUGUACGGUUUUGUCGCUCUUGAGUUCCACAGGGACGCAGCACUCCAGUCAGAAUGGCGGUAGGAGAGCUCCUCUGACCCUGGCUGAGCCACGCUACACUCCAGUUUUCUGUAGGACCCUUCUCUAUGGGUGGCGUGAUCGUUGCCAUGCUUCUCUCUAUGCCAGUGGCUUCUCUGGCCUUUACAUGACGGUUCUCCAAGCGCUCACGGUCCUCGGCGUCAUUCAGCCAGCGGCGUCCGUCCGCACCAGUGCAUACGGCGGGCCUGCGUGUCACACGUGGCCGUUAGCCGCUUCUCACCAAAUGUCCAUCCUGUCUGGUCCUACAGACAGGAGGAGGUGGCGGAGAACAGGGCCCAUCAGGUCAGCCUGCUUUACAGAGAAAAACACACCAUAACACAGGAUGAAAACAUUAAAACAAUGUUGCACUGAUGAAUAUAUUUAACUGGUGUUAAACGUGUUUAUAAUAUUGAUUUGUACAAAUACAAAAGACAGUGUUACAAAUGCUUCAUUUUCUAUUCGUUC